GUACCUGCCUUCUCAAUGGAUGGUGACUAUGUUAUUGGUGGGGUUUUCUCCAUACACUCCUACAUGCAUACAGUGAAGCACAACUACACCACCAUGCCUGAGCCACUAAGAUGCACAGGGAGCAUUGGCUUCCGUGAACUGCGCUUUGCACGUGCAAUGAUUUUCGCCAUCGAACAGAUUAACAACAGAACAGAGCUGCUUCCUGGCAUCAAGCUCGGUUAUCAGAUCUAUGACUCGUGUGGCUCAGUACCUGUGGCUGUGCAUGUGGCAUUUCAACUUUCAAGCAGCCUGGACACAGUGUUUUACACCAGUGACAGUUGCUCACAGUCAGGUAUGGUGAUGGCUGUCGUUGGUGAGUCUGGGUCCACGCCAUCCAUCAGCAUGUCACGCAUCAUUGGGUCCUUUAACAUUCCUCAAGUGAGCCACUUUGCCACUUGUGCAUGUCUGUCAGAUAAGCAGCAGUACCCGACUUUCUUCAGAACAAUCCCUAGUGACCAGUUUCAGGCUGAUGCUCUGGCCAAGCUGGUAAAACACUUUGGCUGGACAUGGAUAGGUGCUGUCAGGUCAGAUUCAGACUAUGGCAAUAAUGGCAUGGCGUCUUUCCUGGCCGCAGCACACAGAGAGGGAAUCUGUGUGGAAUACUCCGAAUCUUUCUUCCGGACCAACCCACGUAGCAGGAUCCAGAGAGUGGCUGAUGUUAUCCGCAGGUCGACAGCUAUGGUUGUUGUGGCAUUUACAGCCUCUGGAGACAUGAGGAUCCUGCUGGAGGAGCUGUCACUCAAGCCUUCUCCACCUCGCCAGUGGAUCGGCAGUGAGGCCUGGGUAACCAACCAAGACAUGCUGAGGUUCAGCUUCUGUGCUGGAGCCAUCGGAUUUGCCAUUGAGAAAUCUGUCAUCCCAGAUAUGAGAGACUUCCUGCUGGAUCUCUCUCCCUCUAAAGUUGCUGCCUCUCCAGUGCUUACUGAGUUCUGGGAGGAUGCAUUCAACUGCAGGCUGAGAAAAAGUGCAACCACAGACAAAAGUGUAUGUGCUGGAAAUGAAGACAUACAGACGAUCCAAAGCCCAUAUACUGACACAUCUCAGCUGCGAAUCACUAACAUGGUGUACAAGGCUGUUUAUGCAAUAGCUCAUGCCAUUCAUAAUGCAGUGUGUCAGGAAACUAAUUCUACAACUCAGUGUGACAAAUUCACCAAGACAGAGCCCAAAGAGGUUUUAACACAGCUGAAGAAAGUAAAUUUUUCCCAAAAUGGUUAUGAUGUAUCAUUUGAUGCCAACGGGGAUCCUGUGGCUAAAUAUGAGCUGGUUAACUGGCAAAAAACUGAGAGCGGCAGUAUUGAGUUGGUGACAGUAGGACACUAUGAUGCAUCACUGUCAGCGGGCCGGGAGUUCAAUAUCAACAGGAAGCUCACCUGGGUUGAGGGCGACACACAAGUGCCUGUGUCAGUGUGCACUGACAGCUGUCCUCCAGGAUCUCGUAAAGUGCUGCAGAGAGGAAAACCCAUCUGCUGUUAUGAUUGUGUACCAUGUCCUGAAGGAGAGAUAAGCAAUGCUACAGAUUCCCCUGAUUGUUUCCCUUGCCCCAAGGAGUUCUGGCCUAAUGCAGAGAGAGACACUUGUCUCCCCAAGCCUGUAGAGUUUCUUUCCUUCAGCGAGGUCCUAGGAAUCAUCCUGGUUGCAUUUUCAGUUGGUGGUGCCUGUCUUACUGUUAUAACAGCAGCUGUGUUCUGUCAUCACAGGACAUCCCCCAUUGUCAGGGCCAACAACUCUGAGCUGAGCUUCCUGCUGCUCCUCUCCCUGAACAACUCUGAGCUGAGCUUCCUGCUGCUCCUCUCCCUGAGUCUAUGUUUCUUAUGUCCAUUAACUUUCAUUGGACCACCCUCUGAGUGGUCCUGCAUGCUGCGCCACACAGCAUUUGGGAUCACCUUUGUCCUCUGUAUGACUUGUGUUCUCGGAAAAACAAUUGUAGUGUUAAUGGCCUUCAAAGCUACACUCCCAGGCAGUAAUGUGAUGAAAUGGUUUGGUCCUCCACAGCAAAGAAUGACUGUAAUAGUUUUCACAUUCAUUCAAUUUUUAAUAUGUACAAUAUGGUUGGUUCUUAGUCCCCCUUUUCCAAUGAAAAACCUCACCACAUAUAAGAAGAGAAUCAUCCUGGAGUGUGCAUUAGGCUCAGCUAUAGGGUUCUGGGCUGUGCUUGGAUAUAUAGGCCUACUGGCUGUCUUUUGCUUUGUGUUAGCUGUCCUAGCCCGGAAACUACCUGAUAAUUUUAAUGAAGCCAAACUUAUCACCUUCAGCAUGUUGAUAUUCUGUGCAGUCUGGAUCACCUUUAUCCCAGCAUAUGUCAGCUCUCCUGGGAAGUUUACUGUGGCUGUGGAGAUAUUUGCUAUUCUGGCCUCCAGUUUUGGACUAAUACUGUGUAUAUUUGCUCCAAAGUGUUUCAUCAUAUUGUUUAAGCCAGAAAAGAACACCAAGAAACAUUUAAUGAACAAAAAUCAGUCGUAA